UUUAAUCUCGAAAAACUCUUAAACGUUAAGUUGGAUUUUCAGCCUUUCUACCUGUUCAGGGGAGCAGUGACGUCACACGGAGGGCAUGGUCUCUGCAACCUGCGAGCACAAUGAUGUUUGAGGGACACUAGAAGCGCACGAGAGGUGUUUAACUCGCGUUUUGACGGUCGUUCAUGGUGUUUGUUUGAGACUUUGAAAUGUGUGAAACCGGGAAAGCGUGCGUGCAUUCUCACAGGGAACUUAUUAGGAGCCUGUAACCCACACGGAGCUUAAAGCACACUAGCCGGUGUGUGUUGUACAGUUAUACAGGAUGAUGCUCAACUUUCUCCCCGUGCGGAAAUUCAAGCGCAAUGGGAAAUACAUUUUGUUUGUGGCUGUGCUGAUGGUCGGCGCAUUGGCGGCUUAUCUGGAGUUCGUGGCCACGAGUGUCUGGAGUAACACUGACGUAUCCCCACGCAGUGAAAGUGUCAUUUGGGCAAAUCAUGGUGUUCGGAAUGUGGCUCAAGAAGAUCGCAUCUCUGAUGUUUGGACUUCUAAAAACAUUACACAGAAUUGGAAGCCAGAGUAUAAAGGACUGGCUAAUCUGCAUAGUUUUGAGGACUGGUGUGGCACAUCUAUAGCUCAACUAAGAAAGAAUCUACAUUAUCCACUGUAUCCUCAUUCUCGUACUACUGUGAAGAAACUUGCUGUAUCGCCCAGCUGGACCAAUUAUGGUCUCAGGAUAUUUGGCUACAUACAUCCGUAUGCUGAUGGUGACUUCCUGUUUGCAGUGUCGUCUGAUGAUAACAGUGAGUUCUGGCUCAGUGACGAUGAAAAUCCAGCCAAUCUGAAACUUCGCGCUUACGUCGGAAAGACUGGCAGAGAAUGGAGCGCCCCAGGCGAGUAUGGGAAAUAUGCCAGUCAGAUAUCAAGUCUCAUUACUAUGCAGAUGAAGAAGAAAUAUUUCUUUGAGCUCAUCCAUAAACAAAAUGAUCAAGGAACGGACCAUGUAGAGGUUGCGUGGCAACUCAGACAGCCUGGGAAUGGAUUUUCAAUCAUCGAUUCCAAGUACAUCUCCCUCUACACCAACGAGUCAUCGCUGAAGGCAGGAGAUGUCAAUCACAUUCCUCAGACUGCUGCCAGUCAUGUAGCUCCGCCCCAGAGCUCCUCUCAGACUCCGUCCCAUGGAGCAGAUAUGCUGAGGGCCAAUCCACGUGAUUUAUUUCAUCAGGUUCCAUUACUGGACAGGACGCGUUUGCGUGGUGUUUUACCAGACUGCAUCUAUAACCCCAGUUAUAUCAUAAAGGGAUAUCCUCUUCUGCGCUACCAGGGCCUGCAGUUCGUGCAUCUCUCUUACGUGUAUCCUAAUGACUACACACGGCUCACACAUAUGGAGAGCGAUAACAAAUGUUUCUACCGUGGGAAUAAUUACUACCUCGACAGAUACGGCUUCUCAAACUACAUCAGACUGGAUCUGCCUGAGAAUGAAGAGGUAUUCCUCAAAUUCAAAGCAGACAGCAUGCGAGGACAAGUGGUGAAGCCAGCCAGAAUUAAAGAUGAAGGAUUGCAGAAAGCUGUAAAAUAUAAAAAUGAGCAGAACAAGGUUCUACCUGAUUACAUUGAUGAUAAUGAUGACCACAUUCUGAAGGGACGGCGAAAGCUGUUCUCUCUCCAGCAACAUGGCAACAUUAUUAGGCUGAGAAAGGACAGAGAAAUAAAUAGACUAGAGCAGAUAGAACAAGACAACCUACCCAAAGAACCACAAAAACUGCCCAGGGAGCCACAGAUCCAACCUGAGGAACCACAGUACCAAUUGGCACAACAGAAAGCAAGAAGAAAGGGAAAAAGCAGACGCCAUGUACAAGACAAACGUGACAUCCAAAACCCACCUGUUGAAGUGAGGAACCAGGGCCAGGUUCUCAAAGCUUUUGAAAAAGACCACAUGGUUGCACCGCCGAUUCAUGGAGAUGGCAUGGAGAAGAUAUCUGACCAGCAGGUUCCUGGAGGAGCUCUGAAAGUAGCCAAAUGGAAGCCAGAUUUGAAAGAACGAGGAGUUGACCAAGCGCCCAAUCAGGAUGGAGGAAUUGAAGUCCGCCCUGUACAAGCCCCAAAAAGCAAUAGUAGGGAAAGAGAUCCAAACCUUGUUGCAGUCUUAAAUGGAGAUAUUCCAAUGGAGAAUGGGCGAGAAGAACAUAAUUAUAAGUCUUUGAAAGUAGCUGUGUUAGGUGGAGUUCAGGUAACCAACUCUACCAUGUUUGAUGAGGUCCAACAUCAACGUGGUGUCUUUGUAAAUCGGUUGGGUAAUAGGGCUGACUUUCUGGGAGAACAUGUGGACCAGGCACCCAAGAAUAUAUUAGACAAGGAAGAAGUGAAGAAAACCAUGUUAAAGAACAAUAAAGAGGGAUUUGAACCAUUGGAUGCAGGCCGAGUCCAAGCAGACUCAAUACAAUGGCCCAAAAAACAGUUGGGUGAUAGGAAAGUGUUUCUGAGGGAACAUGUAAACCAAGUGCCCAAGAAUGCAUUAGACAGGGAAGAAGUGAAUAAGAUUAUGUUGAAGAAAGGUCAAGGUGAAUUGGCACCCUUAGAAGGGGAAGGAGUCCAUGCAGACUCAAUUCAAUGGCCCAAAAAACAGUUGGGUGAUAGGAAAGUGUUUCUGAGAGAACAUGUAGACCAAGUGCCCAAGAAUGCAUUAGAUGAGGAAGAAGUGAAUAAGAUCAUGUUGAAGAAAGGUCAAGGUGAACUGGCACACUUAGAAGGGGAUGGAGUCCAUGCAGACUUAAUACAAAGGCCCAUAACCCGGUUGGGUAAUAAGAUGGUGUUUCUGGGAGAACAUGUAGAUGUAGCAUCCAAGAAUGCACUGGGCAUUGUAGAAGGAAAGAAGAUCAUGUUGAAGAACGGACAGGAUGAAGUCGCACCAUUGGUAGGGGACCGAGUCCAAGCAAACCCAAUGAGGUGGCCUGAAGACCAACAAGUUUUGAAGGUCGAAGAAGCAGCCGUACAAGGUGGUGGUGUUGUCAUGCGAGGUAGAUCAAAACCGAAGCACUCUUUAUCUGAAAAUGACAAUAAUACCAUCAAACUCAGCAAGCAUAAAAAUGUGGUGCAUCAUCUUGGGAUCACCCAGAAACCACACCGUAACCUGACCAAUGAGCGUAAGGGAUGGGUCAUCGUUGGUCCGGCUACGGAAAAACAUAACCAAUGGGGAAAUGUUCAAGAGGUUAGACUGGAAAAAGAGGAGCAGAUAAAGGAUAACGCGAUACAUGGAGGAGAGGCUGAGGUUGGACGAGAUGAUGGAGAUAGUUGGGUGGGUAAUGGUUACUCCGAGGAAGUGGACUAUGAAUUAGUCAAUAAAGCUGUGUUUGACGUGGAAGUCAACUGGGCUCAGACGUUUCAGGUCAGUCCCUUGGAUCUCCAUUCCACACGCUCUGAUUGGAUCGAUCUGAAGUGUAAUGUGUCUGGGAACCUGCUGCUCAGUGAGUUGGAUGCUUUGUCUGUCGUGGACGCUUUCAUGAAGAAACUUAACAAGAAAUAUCCAAGACAGUUUUCUUUACAUCGUAUAGUGAAUGUUGAGAAGAGGUCUGAUUAUUCUCGAGGCAGUCGAUAUCUACUGGAACUGGACCUGCUGGAAGCUUCAGGACUUCAUCUGCGUCUGGCUCAGUACGUCUAUGUGAAAACAACCAAUGAACGGGGUUACCGUAAACAAAAAGUUCAUGAUGCUGAAAUUCAGCUCUGCAAUCCGUACGGCUUCUACUGGAACCCAGCGGCGACUGUCCACUUUAUCAUACCAGUGAAGAACCAGGCUCGUUGGAUACAGCAGUUUAUUUCUGAUAUGGAGGAGUUAUACCGGCUCACUGGUGACCAGAACUUUAACGUCAUCAUCACUGAUUUUGAAAGUACUGAUAUGAACAUAGAGCAAGCUCUACAAAACUCUUACUUACCCAGGUAUCAGUACCUCCGGUUAAGUGGGAACUUUGAGAGAUCUGCUGGGCUACAGGCUGGAAUAGACCUUAUUACUGAUGUUCACAGUAUUGUGUUUCUCUGUGAUCUGCACAUUCAUUUUCCGACUGGCUUCAUUGAUACUUUAAGGAAACACUGUGUGGAGGGACGCAUGGCUUUCGCUCCUAUAGUCAUGAGACUCAACUGUGGUGCUACACCACAGGAACCUGAUGGUUAUUGGGAGGUGAAUGGCUUUGGACUUCUGGGCAUCUAUAAAUCAGACCUGGAAUCUAUUGGGGGCAUGAACACCAAAGAAUUCACUGACCGCUGGGGUGGAGAAGACUGGGAACUACUGGACAGGAUCCUAGAGGGAGGUUUGGAGGUGGAACGAAUCUAUCUGAGGAACUUCUUCCAUCACUUUCACUCAAAGCGAGGAAUGUGGAACCGCCAGCCCUUUCGCAACACGUAACUGGUCCAACAGCCUCGCUGCUGCUAAGCAAAUGUUACAUGGCACUUUAAAACGGCAACUGGCAGGUGACAUUCGGUGCGUCUCAGGGCAUUUCUGAAUUGUGAUUGGUGAACGGCAUCCAUCCAUCACAGCUUUUUGAAGAUGAUUUUAAGGUUAUUAGUGAUGGAAACAUGCCCAGGGACUCAAGAAAGAGACUUCUGUGAUGAGAAGUUACAGUAAAUACACAAAACACAUUUAUAUCCUGACCUCUACGGCUGCUAUUGGAUCAUUCCCAGGUGUGGCGUUUGACUGCAAUUAAAACAUUAUGGCUCCAAUGAAAACUACAAUCACCAUCAAUGACACACAAACUAAACUGACCAAAGGAAAUUGAGUAAAAACAGUGAUACUGUACAGGUCAAUGCAUCAUUGUUAAUGAGGUGUUUUGCUCUUGUUAUCACUUCCAGGCCAAUAACAUGUUUGCCUAAGAUUUUGUCUGUCUAAAUAUGAGUAUUCUGUUUCGACAGACAGAAAUGUGAUGUGUGUGUAUAUAAUGAGAAAAUGUGUAUUUAUUCAGGUAGCUAUGUGUCCUGGGUUCGACUUAGCACACUGUUAUGUGUUUUACACUGUGUGACCUCAUCAGGACUGGAAGAAUCAAUGGUCAAACCAAAGAGAUGUGCAAUAUUACCAGAGAAGAGCCGUUCGGUCCAUUUUAUUUGACUGCUGAUGUCAUUCAAAGUUAGUUUGACAGUCUGAUAUUAUUUAACAUCAUUCUGUCAGAACUCCAAAAUCAAAAGAAAGAAAUAAGAAAUUAACAUUUUGUUUUCGAAGAUAAUGAAGCCUGUUUUUGGACCAUUUAGAUGUUUUGCAUUUUAACAUUAUUUUCAUGACAAUUAAGCACAUCAUACCUUCCAAAACUACUACUUACUGUAAUGCGAAAGAAAAAAAAGAUUAUUAUUACAUUGAAAAAGUAUUUAUGUAUCAUGUUAGUAUUUGUUGUACUGCAAUAAUUCUGUUAAAAAUAAAUCCUGUUACAGUAAUUGCUGAUGACAAAAAUACUGUUAUUACUGUAAUGUAAUGAUUAAUAUGAAUCAUCUUUUAAGAAUAAUGGGAAUUACAAAAAACAAAAAAAACUAAUCUAAAUAAAUUGUCUAGACACAUUAUGGUAAUGAUUUUGAGGGAAAAUGUACUUACUGACAUGGAAGAAAAUAUAUAAUGGCAAAACAUUUCAAUGAUCCUAAAAUAGGUACCCCUUUGUUUAAGAAAAAAAAUAUUUUUUGGUGCAAAAUCACUUUUUUUUUGUUGUUGUUUUUUUUUUUUUAGGAAUUCACAAUUUCAUAGAGGCAUUAAAGGAAUUCUGGGUUCAGUACAAGUUAAGCUCAAUCAACAGCAUUUAUGUCAUAAUGUUGAUUACCACAAAAAUGUAUUUAGACUCGUCCCGCCUUUUCUUGAAAAAAAGCAAAAAUCUGGGUUACAAUGGAAGUACACUUACAAUGGAAGUGAAUGGGGGCCAGUCCGUAAAAGUUAAAAUACUCACCGUUUCAAAAGUAUAGACACAAAACAUAAACAAUAUGUGUGAUAACAUGCUUUUAGUGUGAUAAAAUCGCUUAACUACCUUUUCUGUGUAAAGUUACUGUAUAUCAAUUUUACAACUUUGUUGCCAUGAUGACGUGAUAUCAACAAACCCUAAAACAAUUGUAAAAAUGACAAUUUAAACAACUUUACAGCUCAAAUAAUACAUGAGUUUUAACAGAAGAAUUAAUGUAAGUGCUUUUAUAAAAUUAUAAGUUUCACAUUUCUGCCUUUAAACCCUCAAAAAAUUGGCCCCAUUCACUUCCAUUGUAAGUGUCUCACUGUAACCUCCAUUUUUGCAUUUUGUUUUUUUUAAUAAAGAAAAGGAGGGUCGAGUCAAAAUAUUUUUUUGUGGUAAUCAACAUCAUGCCACAGAUACUUUUGAUCAAGUUGACAGUGGCUUGGUUAUCUGUUCUAUUCUGUAAGGGUUCGGUUUGUGUUAUGAAUUAAUACUUUGAUGAAUUACUGGCUAGUUUUUUUUCCAUGCUCGUUCAUACAGUAAGUGCCUUCUGCUAUGCUUAAUUGAAAACCAAGUGGGGAUAUCUACUGUAUACUCUUUUGUAUAGGCAUUUUGGCACAAUUUUUUAUGAAGAUUCGUUUUUUUACGGUUACUUGUGCUUGAAAAGUUGAAAAGUUAAUGUCAUUUUGUUUCAGUGGCUUGUGAAAAUGUAAUGCAUUGUAGAUCUAACAGUUCUUAAUGUGAUGCUGUAAAAAAAACAUGCUGUUUAUUUAUUGUGCCACAUUUUGUAUGUGAAGGAUCUUCUUGCAAGCAGAAAUGCACAAAUGACCUUAAUAAUUACUUGUUUAUGCAGAUCAACAACCUUAAAAUAAAAUGUUUUUCAGGUUCCUGUUUUGCUGAAUUCUGUGUAUUUACUGUACAACAGUCACUCAAAAUAGAGCCACGAUACAAAAGCAGUGCUGUGUUCCUCUUUUCAAGUGCAUGCUCAUAAUGGUCAUCUAUUGGUGUCUUUAUGCCCUCGAAGAUUAAAAGUGUUGUCUUGUUUGUGAUUGGAAGAGAAAA